AUGGUCACCACCACCGACCAAACAAAAGGAGGGAACAACAAGAGGAAGUUCAGGAACAGUAAAAAGAAACAACCGGCGCAGGACCCCACAAAGAAGCAACAGACUGUUGAUGUCCGUGCAGCCACUACUGCUACCUCUCCAGCGCCACCAAAGCAAUACGCAAGAACUCUUCCCAAGUGCAACAAGUGCAACUUCCACCAUAACGGUGCUUGUCAGGAAAUGCACUGCAGUAAUUGCAACUGGAAGGGGCACAUUGCUCGAUUUUGUAAAGUGCCAGGCCAAUCCGCCCCUCAAGUCGCCCCAGCCGCCAACACCGGAGCAAGUCAAACCUGUUACGGAUGUGGAGAGGCAGGGCACUUCAAAAGAAACUGCCCAAAAGCACGAAACACCAAUUCUGGAGGUGUAGGGAGAGUCCUGACGAUGGGACACGGAGAAGCAGUCAAGGACCCCUCGGUGGUUACCGGCAAAAUUCCCAGUCAUUAA